AUGCCUUCAAUCUACGUCAAUAUUUUCCUAGCAUUUAUCUUUGCCCUCUUAGGCAUGCUAAUUUACCGAUCUCAUUUAAUGUCUUCUCUCUUAUGCCUAGAAGGAAUAAUACUAUCACUGUUUAUUUUAAUUACAUUAACAGCCCUUAAUAUACACUUUACAUUGUCAUUUAUAUUUCCAAUUGUUCUUUUAGUAUUUGCGGCCUGUGAGGCCGCAAUUGGGCUAGCCCUACUUGUUAUAGUAUCUAACACCUAUGGCAUAGAUUACGUCCAAAAUCUAAAUCUUCUACAAUGCUAA